UAAAAUUAAAUAAAUACUAUACUAAAAAUACACAAAAAUACACAUCUACACACAUACACUAUAUAUACUAUAUAUACUUUGCUUUUGAUGCAGCGGGAAUACAAGGUGCGGCGAGCAACCGUCGAUGAUACCGAUGCAAUUGCCCAUUUGACCUAUGUGCAGAAGGCCAAAAGCUUUGGCAACAAGCGUUCCAAAUAUGGUGACAAUGAUUCGCUAUUCAACAGCUAUCAGACGUUGCGACUGGUUGUCGAGACCAACAAAUUAGUCGGUAACGGGAACGGGAGCGUGGAGGGGGUGGAGGUGGAGGUGGAGGUGGAGAGCAGUGUGGUGGCCUAUGCCGAGUUACGUAAUUAUCCGGCAAUUGGCUCAUUGCCCAGCGACAGCUGGUUGGAAUGGUUGCACGAAAGAUACUGCAUCAACUAUCCCAUAAGCUGGGUGAACACGCUCUUCUUCACCUACGUUGUCUAUGCCGAGGCUCAUCCAAAUACACUGCUUCACAUUCAGCGCGAGGCUUUCUAUAUAGAAAAUCGCAUAAUGUAUUUAAUUGCUGUGAAAAUGCCAGAAUUGGACGACAUUUCUAGUUACUACAGCGAAAACUUUGAAGAUAUGGAAAAGUAUGCCAAGAUCUUCUAUCCACGCGAGUUUAGCAUUCAAACCAACUCGGACACACAGUCCUUAUACAUUGUGCAUCGCUAUAGUUUGCUGUCAAAGAUCAAUUACCGCAAGGCGCUUGCUGAGGACAAUGAUGACAUCGUGGAGAUACAUGAAUGCGAGUUUCCCGAGAUGCGCGCCGAGUUAGGAGAUUUUUAUAUAGCCGAAGAGCUGAUGCGACAUGAUAAGGAGGCCAAGAAUAAUGUGCUGAUUGUCGCCGAGACGGAAAAUGAUCUCAAGGAGCAAACAACGUCUGGCUUUUUGUGGCUCGAGUCGGAGGUUGACAUUCGAUUCUAUGUCAAGAACUACGAGCUGGAAAGUUUUGGCAAUUUAAUCAGUUUCAAUUACACAAAGCCCUAUGGCUUUGAGGUCAUCAACGUUCUCUCAGUGGAGCCAAAGCCAGAGGCGACGCUUUUUACGGCGGAUGCCAUGGAUGAUCUGGAGAGUUCGACGAUUAUUGGAGGCGUGCCACGCAAUGAUAGUGGCACAAGCGUGGCAAGUGCCAGCAUGUUCAAAGUAAGCUCAAUUCAUGGUCAAAUUGUUUAUUCGAAUAAUUCGGAGACACUCAAUAAAUUCUGUUUGGCUGAAGCGAUUUAUUUGAAAUUCAUGUACAUAUUCGAAAAGAUUAUGACAAUCAAGUACUACAUUAGUCAACAUAAGAAGACGAUCAAUCUGUGCUAUAAUAAGGAAAAUCUACAGAAAAACGAGGAUGGCGUGCAGAAGGCUUCAAAUGUUUUUGCGGUCAAAUUUAUCUGCGCUCACAAGGACUUUCCGCUUGAACGUUUGUUCAACUUUCUGUGUGCCAUGUUCUCUGUGUUUCCCGAUCGCGACUAUUGCAUUAUGGCUAUACCAACGAGUACGAAGCCGCUACGCAGUCACCUGGAGGCGUUGAAAUACUUCAUGCCGGUAGCCCAACGACCCAGCGAAAUGAGCAACUUGGAUGAGGUCUACAUAACACAUCGCAGUACAAUCUUUGGCGAAAUUAGCUUGUAUAGGCUGGAAAGAGAGGACGUCGAAACCGUUCAGCGGUUGGCAAUGGAUCUGAAAAUCGACUUCGAGAGCAAGAGCAUAUCGUAUAGCAGCAGUUUCUCCUACAGUUCAAAGGUCAACACGCACGUGCAUACAGACAAUGAAGUGCGAGUCAUUGAGCAGAUCAUGGAGGAUGUGUUGGAGAAUCCGCACAGCGAGUUUGAUGUCUUUACCAUACGAUGCGGCAACUCCAGUAAACCCGCCCAUGAGAAUACGCCCAUUGGCUUUGUGAUCGUGCGGCGUUUCCUUUACCAUCGCGAUCUGUUGCUCCAUUAUCAUCUGCCCAAGGACGAUCAUCAUUUGGAUCAUGAACGCGCUGAGAUCAUCACGUUGAAGUUGCAUCCCCUAUUCAACAAUAGCUGCGAUCUCAUCUUUCGUAGUUUGGCGGGACGCACAAAUUAUUUCGAUUACUAUUUCUUUUGUGGACGGAAAGCUAAUAUAUUCUCGAAUGAUUUGAAAACGCUGAUGAUGCUUGUUGAGCCUCGGCCAAGAAAGAAAAAUGUAUUCAAUACAUUGCCAUCAAUUAUAAAGAGCCCGAAAACAAUUGUGGGACUGCCCAGCUACAAUUACUUUAACGAUCACCUAACCGUCUUUCGUCACAAGCUGAAUCCAUCGAAGUUUUUUGGCAACUCCAAUCGUUUGGUCAUCAUUGGCUUCUCAUCCGAGUGUCGAGCAUUUCUGCGCCAGCUGCUAUUUGUCUGGAACAGUAAAAACCACAAGAACUCGAAGACCUACACUUGCUUGCCCCGCUUGCAGGUGACAGUCAUUGCCGAGCCAGGCAUAGUGGAAGCGGAAUAUGAGUGCACCUUUAUUUGCCCCGAAUGCGCCAAUUCGCGCUCGAAGAGCUGCUUUAUGUUCUACGAGAAUAGUUCUUGCUAUGUGCGGGAUGUGAUUGCUCGCAUGGAUCUCAGAUAUUGGGUGCAAUUCAUCACUGGGCACGUGAACUACAUUGAUCGUGAGAAGAAGUUGGUGCGCAUUAACAAGACCUGCAACGUCGUUUACGAUACUCUGAUGCUGAUGAACAGCGUCAACUUCAAUUUGAAGGACACGCUGCCCUUCGACGAACAGGAACGACGUCCCUAUAAUUUCAUUCAGCUCAAUCAUCGUCUCGAUCGCUUCAUAAUGUUUUACAAGGUUCGAGUGCUCUUGGAGGAGCUUAAGCGUAGCUAUCGCAUCGUUAUCUUUGGCUCCAAUCUGAGCACUUAUGAGUUCAUUGACUUUCUCUUGACACACGGAGUGGAUCCCACGCAUGUGAUUCUUGUGCAGCCUCGCGAGGUGACUCCAUCGGAGGAGGAGCAGAAGUAUAAGAAUCCCAUGGAUGAUACAAAUAUUGGUUACGUACUCGACGAUAUGAUGUCCGAUAUCGAUUUAACCAUUUAUAGAGAUUUAACCUUCUCACAUUGGGUGCAACAUGCCGCUUCUAAUUUCAUACUUGAAGUUGUCUUUACGGACUGCUAUAAGAACGCGUUAAGACUUGAUUGUGAUAUCUUCGUAUCCUUUAGAGUGGGCUAUAUGGAUCCAAUUGUUAAGAAGUGUUUAAUCGAUUCGGAUAUUCAGCUUCGAAAUAAUAAAAUUCUGGUUAACAAGAAGUUUCAGACAAACGAUCCCGAUAUUUAUGCCGUGGGUAAUUUCAUACAGUUCAAUGAGCCCGUAAAUCAUCAAUAUCGUUUUACAAGCGAAAUGGAAACGGCGCAAAAGCUUAUGCACAUUAUGGGUCUGCGUGAGUCGGAGAAACCUUAUGAGGAGAAAUACAUGUAUCCCGCUUUUUUUCGUGCCACUUUGCCCAUGGAUUAUUACAUCACAAAGGUGACGAUGCCAUGUCGUUACCUGUCCAGCUGCGUUGUCAAUUGCAUGAACUGUUCUCUGACCACCUAUUAUCAUAAUACCUUUUGUCGCAUUGGUCUCUCGCAGAAGAUGAUUGUGGAUGAGAUUGUUGUAGUCACCAAACGUUCAUCAAGUCUUGACUAUUUGGAACACUUUUGUGGCAAGCACGAGUCGAUGCUAAACAAUUUAAAGGCCCACCAUAAGAAUGGCGACAUCAAAUGUUUUUUGAAGUUCUUGCAAGAGCCCUGGACAGAACUCUUGAUGCAUGAAGAUUUCGAGGAUCUCCAGGAACAGAAUCGAAAAAUACUCAUGCCUAUGAUAAAAAAUCUUCAAAAUCUUAAGGAUUCGCCGGAGCAACAUCUACAUGAUGUCAACAAGCAUUUUUUGGAACAAAAUCUUCUUGAUUUUGUGCGCGAGAAUCGCAAGGAUUUUAAACAUGAGUUUGCUUUACCCGAGGACUAUGUGGAAGAGAACUUUGGCUAGUUGAAUUUGAAAUUCACAUAGUAGCAGUAUUUU